AUGCUGGUGCUUGCAGAGUGCUCUGCUAGAUAUUCCACGGCCGGCGGCGCUUACCAUUACGGAACCUUCCUCCUUCCAGAUGAAUACAGGCGAUGUGGUGCUUACAUUCUUGGGUGGUUCAAUUAUCUGGGCUGGAUCAUGACACACGCUGGGGCCUGCUUGUUUGUCUCGACAUUGAUUAUGGCUCUGAUCAAUCUUUGCUCGCCGGAUUUCGACGUGUCUUCCAGAUGGCAAAACUUCCUCAUUUAUGUGGGCUUUGCCACGUGGGCUUGGCUGGUCAAUGUUUUCGGGGUAAAAUUAAUUCCAGGACUCGAAUUGCUCGGAAGUCUCUCAACUGCCCUCGGAUUUAUUGCAUUCACUGUCGCGUUACUGGUGGUUGCACCAAAGGCAACCCCAGAAAGUCUUUUCAAGACCAUCAACAACGACACAGGAUACUCGUCUGGUUCUCUCAGCGUUUUUCUUGGGUUAUAUAACAGUAUGACUACGCUCAUGGCUCUCGAUGGACCAACGCACUUGGCGGAAGAGUUACCUUCUCCGAAAAGGAUAAUGCCGCGGAUUUUGGUGAUUACUAUUACUUCACAAGCCAUGUUGGGAGUUGUAUGGAUUCUAGUACUGGGUUUCUCCAUCCAUGAUCUUCAGGCUAUUAUCUACACCUCUACUGGUGUUCCCGUAUUAGAGCUCGUGAGACAAGCGACAAGCAACAAUGCCGCAGCGAUCAUCUUUUGUCUGAUCUUGAUAAUCAACAACGGUACUUCUGCAGUGGCUAGUGCGACGACUGUUUCAGGUUCCAGUAUGGUCGAUACAUCUCCCGUAUUUGAUUACAGUCCUCAUUGGAUUAGUCUAUUUGUUUUCCAGCUCAGCUUUCAACGCUAUAAUUGGAAGUCAGGCGGUAUUCAUGAUUUCGAGCUGCGACUUCUCCCAUACAGCCCUCGCUGGAAUCUUGGUCACUUCGCCUACCCCAUUUGUGUGGUCGCUGUCGGCUAUAGCCUUCUUGUUCUCUCUGUUGCAUUUAUUCCCCAAUCCGCCCCCUUGACCAGACUGAACAUGAACUAUACUAUUCUCAUUGUCAUUGUGUUUUUGGUGAUCAUGGCUGUCACUUGGCUCUUAGAGGGAAGAAAAGCCUUCCGACCACCCAACCAAAACCCAGAGAGCUACAUCAUUGAUAGCCAAGAGCUAUCUGAUGGCGACCGUGUCACCUCAAUUAUAGAUGGCACCUCUCAUCGCAAGGAAGAACAGAUGCUUUCUCUUGGGAAGGAUCAGCAAAUGCUUUAG